AUGCAGUCCUCAGACAGCGCCGCCAAGUGCCUUCUCCUCAGCCUGGCCACCGCUCUCAAGCUGUCUCGAGUUGUCGCCAUUGACACCUCGCCCACUGGUAGGAUCGUUCAGUGCAGCAACGGCAUCAUCUGCAUCUGGCCAGUCAACCUCCCGCCCAACCCCGCGGCUUAUCUCCUCCUUAACGAAGUGGUCGAAGUCCCGCUCCCUGCACUCAAACCUAUACUCCCUGGCAAUCCAGGCAUACGUCUGCGCGCUGACCUCGUCACCCUGUACAUCCCUGUGCUCAGCAUCGCCGGCACGACCCUUGCUCUUUUAGGCUCUGACCUUGACGCCUAUGCGUUCGCACUCGUCGCUCUUGAAUAUGCCAAGGCGCCAGAUAUUGCCGUCUGUCAGGCCCUCGACUAUCGUGCCUUGAACCUCACUCCCCUACGCGGAGAGGAUGACGACGGGGUAGUGGGCACCCUCGACGUGGCGGCGCUAGUGCACGUGAAGGACUGCGGGGCGGACGGAGAGCAGCGCGGUGCAGGACUGGCGGAGCCAUGCUGGUGCCGUAGAAUAAAGCCGUGCGCGACAUGGUGCUCGAGGCCGAGAUGUUGGAGCGGCACGACGGGGGCGAGGCGCGUUAGCAGUGCUGGUGGGUGUAGAGCGACGUCAGGUCUAUCUGAAUUGAUAACCUUGGAAGUGACAAUGUGGGGUAGGAAUGGCGAAACGAGUUAA